AUGGAGAGCGACAGCACCAAAUCUAAUCCAAUUGACCGUCUGCGCGUGACUAUCAAGCAGACCAAAACAUCUCCACUUACAAUCACCAGCACGGUCGUUAAUGGCAAUACACAUCCCGUCACUAUUCUCUUAUACAACUCGCCACUAGAUACCGUUGCACCAACCAUCGGCUUGCUUACUAUCACGCCCGAUGGCGCUCUGCAGCCUCUAGAAUUGCCCGAAAUUCAGAUUCGCAGGGAAUGGCCUCCUCCCCGCGAUUCACUCAUCCAACUUGAGCCUGGCGCAAGCCAAACUGCAGACAUUGUCCUCAGGGAUUUCAUCACCUCGCAACUUGGAAAAAAGGCAUCGGUUGUUCUCAAGGGCCAUUGGGAUAUGGUAUGGAGCAAGCAGAAAGAUGAGAUAUCAAUUGGCAUGAUAGAGCAGGCGCAGCUGCAGCCGAAUCCAGACAUGUUUACGGGCAGCUUCGCGACUGAGAGUUUAGAGAUAACUACUGUCUAG